AUGAUUGCCCAGCGCACCCUCUUCCGCGCCAGCCAGCGCAUGGCUCCCGUCGCCCGCGCGCCCCUCCGCCGCCGCAUGUACAGCAGCGAGUCUCCCAAGCAGUUCGCCGGAGCCGAGGACAACGAGUUCAACCGCGAGCGUGCCCGCAUCGCCGAGCACGCCGAGGAGAGCGGUAUCUUCUGGUACAAGCUCACCCUCUACGUUGCCAUGCCCUGCCUGCUCGUUGCUGCCAUCAACGGCAAGAUGAGGUGGGAUGCUCACUGGGAGCACUUGGCUCACGCGCCCCCCAAGGAGGAGAAGCCCGAGUACUCCUACCAGAACAUCCGCACUAAGAACUACUUCUGGGGUGAUGGUGACAAGACCCUUUUCUGGAACGACAAGGUCAACUACCACAAGAAGGAAGAGUAA